AUGACUGCCAGAAAAGCCUCUUCUUCCUCUAAGAAAGAUUCUUAUGAUCACCCAAAGUACACUGACAUGGUUCUUGAAGCCAUUAUUCAAUUGAGAAAGAGAAAUGGUGCCAGUUUACCAGCUAUUAAGAAGUACAUGGAAGAAAAGUAUGAACUUCCAGAAACCUACAAUACUCACUUGAAGUUAGCCAUCAAAAAGUUGGUCGAAUCUGAAAAGUUGGUCAAGGUCAAGGGUUCUUACAAGGUUGAAGCUGAUUACAAGAAGUCUUACAUGAAGGAAAAUAAGAUUGUCCUCGAAAAGAAGGAAAGUGAUGAUGAAGAUGAAAAGGAAGAUAAGAAGGACAAGAAAUCCAAGAAAUCGAAGAAGGAAGAAUCCGAUGAAUCAUCUAAGAAGAAGAAGAAGAUAAAAAGAAGAAGUCUACCAAGAAGACCGAAAAGAAAAAGUCCAAGAAGGAUGAAAAGACUGCUCCAAGAGUUUCCAAGCCAAAGAAGACUACCAAGAAGAACUUGA